GAAAGUGUUUUUAAAAGCGCCCCUGCUGCUGAGCAGGUCAGAGUCACCGGACACAGUUCCCGCUCUUGUGGUGCUGGGACAGGCGGUGAGAUAACUGGUUAAAAAGGUUAACCGGGGUAAUUAGUUAGCCUGGUUAGCGUAAUUCCGAGGCUGACCGGAAGCUACUAGUUAGCGCGGCUAGAAUGUGGGUCGUAGUUUCGACCUCAACCGGGUCUUGGCAGCACGUUUGGGCCUUAAAGCUACUGUACGAACAGGUUCUGGAGCUGAGAGGGGCCGAGGAGUCUGACGGGCCCGAAGCUUCCCGGAGCCGAGAAGCAGAACCGAGAGACCAGUCUGACUGGCGGUUCUUCAUCCCAUCCUGCCCAACAUCCUGCUCCGGAGUUUAACUCACUCGGUCCUCUUGGCUCUGUCUGUCUGCACGGCUCGCGCUCAGUACGGGCCCAACGCCUUCCAGCCCGCGGCACAAGCAGCCACAGCCCGCGGUAACGCGCAGGAGCCGCAAACUCUGCAAGGUCGCUGCGCCGCCUUCCAGUAUCGAGCCAACAAGUAUUCAGAGGGAGGUGGGGGGCCCCGUCACGGAGCCUCAAAGCGAGCGAUGCCCGGAUCCACGCCGGCCAGCAGCAAGGCUCGGGUCUACACCGACGUCAACACACAGAAGAACAGAGAGUACUGGGACUAUGACGCACACGUGCCAAACUGGAGCAAUCAAGACAAUUAUCAGCUGGUGCGGAAGCUGGGCAGAGGGAAGUACAGUGAGGUGUUUGAGGCCAUAAAUGUCACCAACAAUGAGAAGGUGGUGGUGAAGAUCCUCAAGCCCGUCAAGAAGAAGAAGAUCAAACGGGAAAUCAAGAUUCUUGAAAACCUGCGAGGAGGAACCAACAUCAUCCGGCUGGUGGACACGGUCAAAGACCCAGUGUCCAGAACUCCGGCGCUUGUCUUUGAGUACAUCAACAACACAGACUUUAAGGAGCUUUACCAGAAGCUGACAGACUACGAUAUCCGCUUCUACAUGUUUGAGCUCCUCAAGGCUCUGGAUUACUGCCACAGCAUGGGCAUCAUGCACAGAGACGUGAAGCCCCACAACGUGAUGAUUGACCACCAGCUGAGGAAGCUCCGCCUCAUAGAUUGGGGUUUGGCUGAGUUCUACCAUCCCGCUCAGGAAUACAACGUCAGGGUGGCGUCCCGUUACUUCAAAGGCCCCGAGCUGCUAGUGGACUACCAGAUGUAUGACUACAGUUUGGACAUGUGGAGUUUAGGCUGCAUGUUGGCCAGCAUGAUCUUCCUGAAGGAGCCAUUUUUUCACGGUCAGGACAACUAUGACCAGCUGGUCCGCAUCGCCAAAGUCCUCGGUACCGACGAGCUGUAUGGCUACCUGCACAAGUAUCACAUAGAACUGGACACUCGCUUCAAAGACCUCCUCGGACAGCAGACGCGGAAACGCUGGGAGCAGUUUAUCCAGUCAGAGAAUCAGCACCUGGUGAGUCCGGAGGCUCUGGACCUGCUGGACAAGCUGCUGCGAUACGACCACCAGCAGAGGCUGACGGCGGCGGAGGCCAUGCGGCACCAGUACUUCUAUCCCGUGGUGAAAGAACAGGCGAACGCCAACACAGACGGCACAAAGGCAAUAAGCAGCUCCAACGCUACAUGAUACCAGAGAGCAGGUAACCCCCCAGAGGAAGAAUCCUCCUUUUUCUUUUUUACCUCAACUUGUGACCUUCUGGCUGCAGAGACCUCCGCACCAACAGCCAUACGGAGCAAACAUGUUUGGACUAAAGCCCCGCCCCACCAGAGCUUGAUCCACCCCCCACCCUUCAGACGAGCUCAGUGACUGCUGACGGAUCAGCUCCAGGCUGAAGAGGCUCCAUAUUUUAGCACUGAGUGACGUGGAGGUGGUUUCUGCUGAUAGAACAAAGCUAUAUUAUGAGAAUAAAACAUUUUUAUUUAAGACA